UCGCGGACCGCCAAGCCCCGGACCCGCAGCUCACGCUGUGCCGCCGCGACUGUCAGCUGGGUCUGGGACGUGCGAGGGCGAGCGCUGGUCACGUGACCGGAGCGGCGGGAGGGCUUCCGCCUGGGUCAGGCGCGGUCUCUGCCGAGUGAGUGCCCACCUCCCUGCAGGCCCGACAGAGGUCUGGCAGGCAGUGACAGAGCCGGUGGCCUACGACCCGCGCCCCCCCAGCAGCACCAUGCCUGCGCUCCUGGAGCGCCCCAAGCUUUCCAACGCCAUGGCCAGGGCGUUGCAUCGGCACAUCAUGAUGGAGCGGGAGCGCAAGCGGCAGGAGGAAGAAGAGGUGGACAAGAUGAUGGAACAAAAAAUGAAGGAAGAGCAGGAGAGAAGAAAGAAAAAGGAGAUGGAGGAGAGAAUGUCACUAGAGGAAACCAAAGAACAAAUCUUGAAGUUACAGGAGAAGCUUUUGGCUCUACAGGAAGAGAAGCACCAGCUUUUCUUACAGCUUAAGAAAGUUUUACAUGAGGAAGAAAAACGGAGGCGGAAAGAGCAGAGUGACCUAACCACUCUGACACCAGCAGCAUACCAGCAGAGUCUGACAGUUCACACAGGAACACACCUCCUCAGCAUGCAGGGGAGCCCUGGAGGACACAGUCGCCCAGGCACCCUAAUGGCAGCUGACAGAGCGAAACAGAUGUUUGGACCCCAAGUGCUUACUACCAGGCACUACACAGCUGCUUUUGCAGGAACUCCAGAGCAUGGACAGUUCCAAGGCAGUCCUGGCAGUGCUUAUGGGACUGCUCAGCCCCCACCUCAUUAUGGACCCACUCAACCAGCCUAUAGUCCUAGUCAGCAACUCCGAGCCCCUUCAGCGUUUCCUGCGGUACAGUACCUGUCUCAGCCACAGCCACAACCCUAUGCCGUGCAUGGCCACUUUCAGCCCACUCAGACAGGCUUCCUCCAGCCUGGCAGUGCCCUGACCUUGCAGAAGCAGAUGGAGCAUGCGAACCAGCAAACUGGCUUCUCUGACUCAUCCUCCUUGCGCCCCAUGCACCCCCAAGCUCUUCAUCCAGCCCCUGGCCUCCUUGCUUCUCCCCAACUCCCUGUGCAGAUCCAACCAGCAGGAAAGUCUGGCUUUGGAGCCACCAGCCAACCUGGUCCUCGGCUUCCCUUUAUCCAGCACAGCCAGAAUCCACGAUUCUACCACAAGUGACCAUCAUCCGACUUUCUGCCUCCUCACCCUGCCUCCCACCAUAAGUGAGGGUUUCUUGUGUAUAUCCAGGUUAAUAAAAAUUUACUUAUCUUUGUCCCUGC